AUGUACCACCAGGUCUACAAUCUGUCCGACCCUGGUCAAAAGUUUACCACUAAGGCUGGGGACGUUCAGUUUGUGAACCGGUCCCGUCUUUACAUCGACGACGGUGAAGAACGGCGGAACAUUGCCUUGGGUAGAUCACUUGACGGCGACAGGCAAACAGGCGUUGAGGUGCACGCUGUCAUAAGCACCGACGAGACAGUUUACGAGCCCCGCAAGCUAUCCGUAUGGAAAGUUGGAUCCGGAAGACCCACUUCUAUCAACCUUUUCAGUCCCCUCAUGGAACCCUUCCAGUAUCCUCAAGGCACUUUGGGCUGGCAUAUUGGUCGCCGCGACAAUUUUAACAACAAAUUGUCCCAGUAUGAUUAUUCCCGUUGCCUUCUGCUGUCUGAGCCUCGUUUCUCACACCUCGGCCGACUGUCUCAAGCUUGGCAGGUCGAAAUGUAUGCCAGAUACGAGGACGAGAAGCUCAACUACAUCAAGUUCACGCAGACGAAGGCAGCUGAAAAUGCCAUGAGGAUAGGGCCGUUGGAUGAGAUUGAAGCGGCGAAUCGUGGUGGACGUCAGGUCCUCAACGACAUUAACAAUGACGAGACAGUUCAGGGGAAGGGUGGGGUACAGGCUGGAAAGGUUUACCUCCCAAGUUCGUUUACCGGGGGGCCGAGAUAUAUGAAACUUCGAUAUGAGAAUGCUAUGGCAUUGGUCUCACGUCUCGGCUUCCCCACAUUUUUUCUCACAUUCACUUAUAGUGCGACUUGGGUGGAGAACAAAAAAGCCGGUCCUCGAAAUAGCGGUCGCAGUGAUCCCAGCACGGCCUGCAGAGUUUUCUAUAUCAAACUGCUGGAACUCCUCCACGAUUUGCGCAGCGGAGCUAUGUUCGGUCGGUCCAUCUACAUAGUCCACGUCAUCGAGAUGCAGAUGCGGGGCCUUCCACAUGCCCACAUCGUGUUUAAAAUCGAUGGCGAUGGACCAGUGCAGGCUUCGGACAUAGACUCCCUCAUCCGCGCUGACAUUCCAUCUCCGGAGGAGGCAGGAGGCCGAUUAAGGGCGUUGGUUCUGCGGCACAUGAUCCACGGCCCUUGUGGUACGGAUCACAGGACCGACUUCCCUUGCUGGGACACUGCCAAAGGCAGCUGUUCAGAAUUUUUCCCCAAACCUUCCUGUGAAUCAACCCAUGUAGACGAGAGGGGUUUUGUUAAGUACCGGCGAGACUAUGAUAAUGAGGGCAGCAUAACGUCAAGGAACAGAUCCAUUCCUGUACAUGACGGCUGGGUCGUGCCGUUCAACUCAGCAUUACUUCUUAAAUACGAGGCGCACAUCAACUUGGAGGUAGCUUCCACUCGGCGUGUGAUCAAGUAUCUGUUUAAAUACCUCAUGAAGGGUGGCUCGCUUCAGAACGUCAAAGUUACUCCUCUUAGUAAACAAGACGAUGAAGUUGAGCACUACGUCACGAAGCGUAUGGUGGGAGCCAGCGAUGCAUGCUGGCGUCUCUUGGACUUUCCCAUCUCAAAGUCUGAGCCCACAGUCGAUUGUCUCCCUGUCCACCUAGAGGGAAAACAGACUGUGUGCUUUCGCCCUAACAACUUGACACACGCCACUUCGGGAGCUACCUCUGACCUGCUCUUGUAUUUCAAUAGGCCUCUUGACUCGGUAUUCGACGAUUUAACCUACCAGUCUUUUUUUGAGCAGUACGUGAUUCAUAACAAACGCCCUAGUAAUGCUGAGGUGUACGACCAUCCAGACGGCAAGCAUUUCCUUACCUCAAGAAAGCGUGGUCAAAAGAUCUGUCGUCUCUUCUGGGUCUCGCUAAACAGAAGCGAGCAGUACUUUCUUAGGCUCCUUUUGAUGGUCAUUCCGUGCCGGGGAUACGCCGACCUGCUCGCUCGUGGUGGUGAUGGUUGCACGACAUAUCAACAGGUUGCGCGCACCCUCGGUUUGGUUGAGGACGAGGACGAGUACCACCAAGCCCUCAAGGAAGCAGCUCGUUUCAUGGUCGGCCCGAGGCUCCGCUCUUUCUUUGUCCUUCUGUGCAACAUGGGAGCUCCUGCGGCCCUCUUGUGGGAUGCUUUCCGUGACGCAUUGUGCGAAGACCAUUUGGAGCGGAAUCCUCUUGAUCACGAGGUUGCGUACAAGCUGGCUCUGAUUGAGAUCGAUCGAAGCCUUCGACGUCAGGGAUCCUGCUUGGCCGAUCACGGUCUCCCUACUGUAGACGACGACACGACCGAACUGGGGAGGGAACUUCUCAUCUACGGUGAAAAUCGUCAGAGAUCACUUGUAGAUGAGUGGGAACCUAAACUUUCCCGCGACCAGAGGGCGGUCUUCGAUUAUGUUCGGUCUAUACUGCAGGGCCAAGUCUACAGCCGGUCUAAAAAACUGAUCUUUCUUGACGGACCCGGAGGCUACGGCAAGACCUGUCUAAUACAUGUUAUUCUUGCAUACGUCCGUAGUCGCAACCAGGUCGCUAUUGCUGUCGCUAGCUCCGGCAUUGCCGCUGGUAAUCUGCCAGGUGGCACGACAGCACACAGCAUGUUUCGGCUACCACUUGAUCUUGGCGAUGGCACUGGAUAUUGGAACUUGACCAACGGAUCUCAGCGGGCAGAACUCAUCAGAGCCGCACAGCUCAUAGUUUUUGAUGAGGCCCCGAUGGCUCACCGGUACAUUUUUGAAAUCAUCGACAGAUCUCUGCGUGACCUCAUGAAUUCACCUGAGCCAUUCGGGAAUAAGAUCUUUAUCUGCUGCGGGGAUUUCCGUCAGAUCGCACCAGUUGUUGCCAAGGCUCGUACUCCGGCCGACAUUGCCUGUGUAUCACUGCGUGCGUCAUCUCUUUGGUCAAGUUUCCAAAUCUUUUCUCUGUCUACCCCUCACCGGACUUCUGGGUCCACUGCCUACUCUGACUUUCUCCUUCAAGUAGGCAAUGGAACAAUUUCAUCUGUUCCAUUUGGGGAAGGCCGUGACUCUGUUGCCCUGAUCCUACUGUCCGGUGUGAAAUACGUGACAUCCCUUCCCGACUUGAUCGAUUUUGUGUUUCCUGCUUGUGACCUACACCACACAGACAGAAUUGCUGGCAGGUCCAUUCUUUCAACCAUGAACGCCAAUGUCCAGCAGAUCAACAACACCGUUCUCAACCUGAUGGACGGCGUCGUUCAUGAGUUGAGGAGUGCGGAUUCUGUGGACAAGGAGAACGACGAUGGUAUGGAUGUAGACGUUCACUUGUUGAACCAAGCAAGGGUGUACCAGACCAUGUCCUGCGACUCAAGAUUGGCUCCGUGUGUCUCGUCAUGA